GUUCCUUUGGUUUUCUUUCCGGGUUCUAGAAAGACGGAUCGCCCGUGGAAUACGAUAAUAUGGGCGUGCAUCUGCAUUAGUGGGCUGGCGGUGGCCGCUAGUCGAGCAUCAGCAUGCAGGAUGCAGGCAGAUAGCGCGUCAUCAAGGGAGGCAUUCGCCUUCGCUCUGUCGCGAAUCCUGAUCCGUCGGCUCUCCGCAACCUCUCACGAUCGACCCACUGGCCUUGAUGAACAGGCGUUGUUCUGUCCUGCGACGGCGCCAAUUGUGCUGCGUGGUUGACUAUCUCCAGCGGCACAUAUCAAACGUGCUAGCCAGGCCAGGUCUAGUGGGCCAACUCUGGAGAUAAGUUGUGUGGGCGCCUUGACUGAGGACUAAGAGGAGUCUAUCAUCUCCUCGUCAGUCGUCCCAUCGGGGCAUUAUUAUCUACCAUCUAACCACUAUGGCCAUGUGCCCUACUGGUUGUUGCUGUCGUUAUUAUUCUUAUUGUUGUCAUUCCUACUUCCUUUUCUCCUUCUGCUCCCCCUCUUCCUCUGCCUGAUCCUCUCUUGUGUGCGUACCGUACAGUAUUAUUAUCCAUAGUACCAUACAGUACAGUGUUAGCCGCUCCCGCUCUCCGCACCACCUCUCCCGCUUGUCUUGGAAACCUUUCUGCUCCCGGCCGGCACUGGAACCUUGUUCCCUUCUCCAGAGCAUCCAGGGUCGUCCUUCUUCCAUCGCAUCAAUAAAUUCCUCUUAUUGCCCUCUCCCCUUCUUCGUUGCCUCUAUACCCUGUACAUCUAUCCCAUCAGGUCCCCCGAGAACAUUCCCUCGCCAUGGAGGGCUUCGAUACCAUGGCCAUGCCCUCUUAUCUAGCAAGCCCAUUGUCUCUCGGCAACAUGCAGGGCACUGUAGCAAGCCCAUUGUCUCUCGGCAACAUGCAGGGCACUGACUACCUCAGUACCAUUCCUGGGAUGGACCUUCAUGACCAGCAUUCCAAUUUCGACUCGGAGACCUUUGUAAGCGGCGAUGAUCUAUCCUUUCCCCAGCGCAGCAGCCUACCAGUUCCCUUAAACGGCCUCACAUCCGGAUAUGAAGGUCCUUUCGCAGACAUGAUGUCUCAAUUUGAACCUACUGCUCCCGAACCGAACCCGGAGUCGUCAGUCGAUCGCAAUAAUAAACUGCUCGGCUUCUCAAUGCCUGUCUACAACUUCGCGCUACUUGACUACUCAUUACGACGGGCGUCUUUGUCCCUGUCGGCACAGCUGCAUGGCAUGUUCUUCUUGGCUGAGUCGCCCUGGACCAUGUCCCCAGACGAGAAUGCGCCUCCAGAGCAGGGUGCUGAGCUAACCUGCUACCGUCGCAAUCUAUUUCAGAUCACGGGUUCGGUCACCAUUCCCCGUGGUUUGCGCUAUAUCAUGACCGACCAGGGCGAUCGCAUCCCCAUUCUCGCGCAAGAACUGACUGUAUCCGCGACCGAGUCUGUCGAGGGCAACUCUGUGAAGAUCAUCUCCGUGCCGUGGAAGACUCCUGCUGCCAACAACGGCUCAUCUGUCGAAGAAAACAACCCCAAGGUAGAACGGGAACCGCCGCCGAUCCCCUUAGACACCAUGGCGGGUCAAGACCUCGAUACCGACUAUGCCACAUUUCCUAUCGCUUGGAAGCGUCUUCAGUUCCGCGUCGCUACGGCCAACAAUGGCCGCAGGAAAGAGCUGCAGCAGCACUUUGUCGUCCGGCUGAAGGUGGUAGCGACUUUGUCGACUGGCGCGAAGAUCCCCGUGUGCGAGGUGCAGUCUGGGCCAGUAAUCGUCCGUGGUCGCAGUCCUCGAAACUUUCAGUCCCGCAAGGAUUUGCCCUUGAGUGGGAGUGCUGCCUCAUCAAGAAAGAUCGCUCAAGGUCCUACGUCCGGGUCUAUUAACAGACCGUCGACGAGUGCAUCCGUGGCACGCUCAAGCAAGGGUGCAGCGAAAGGCAAGACCGGCACCAAGAGAAGCUCGCCAGACGCAUCGGUACCACAAGGUAGCAGUACCUCGCAAGAACAGCCCUCACCAGAUUGGGUGCAGCUCCCGCAAUCGAGUCCAGAGCAGCCGCGCAUCACGGAGCCCCAACGCAACUCGAGCAUCACGACUGCCCCCAUCUCCCUGUCGCUGUCCGAUGACGAGGACGGUGGUGGCAAUGGCGUGAUCAAUACAGAGCUAAACUCGACGAAGCCAACCGCACCUCCUUCGAAAGAACCAUCACAGAAGCCUGUCCAUAAUAAUAAUAAUCAUAAUAACCAUAAUCCAUCCAGUUCUGCUCCUCCGGCUAAAAUUCGCAAGCUGUCUCAUUCCAUGUCACAGCGGUCUCGUGCUCCUUCGUCCUCUCUCCCCCUUUUCAGUGCCUCGGCUUUGCAGCAGACAUUUGCACCUUCUAUCUUCUCUAAUGAGAGUGCCGAUAUGCUGUACGAAUACUUCCCGUUGGGUUUGGAUGAUUGGCAACCCCCGGUCGAUGCAGUAUAUCGGCCUCACGUUGUACAUCAUACUAAUAUACCGGAUAUGAAGUUUGUCGCGGGCCGGGGUCGGAGCAAGCGUUAUUUUGCCGCGGAGGAUGUUUUUUGAGCGUGUCUAUGGGACAUGCCCACUCUCUAUUCCCUUCUUUUUGACCUAUCUAUCUCUCUUCAAGUGCAGGUCAUUAACUUGUUUGGCCUCUCUUCCCCUUGAAUUCUCGCGUUCCGUUAACCUACAUAUUCUCCGUUCUUUUCCUUCACCCUUUCUUCAACGAAGAAAGAACCCGUUUUCGCCUAUCAGGAUGGGCCCUUGACAGAAGAUCCCGGCGUCUUCGGUUCUAACCCGUUUUUAUGUACGUGUAUAUGUUCUGGAAUGGCAAACCCUGGGCGUGAUGGAGUACCUGAUUUGAUUUAUGGGAAUUUGGUGUUUUCCUUUUUAUUCCCUCCCCCACCCCGUUUUUCCCCUUCCCUUUGGUCCUCUUGAACCGGUUUUAUUUUGGUUUUAUUUUGGUCUUAUUUAUCAUUAUUAUAUUAGUACGGGAUAUCCCUCUUGGGUCAUGAAGUCAUGGUCAUGUUUGAUAUUCUUUCAAGUCGUUUUGUGACUUGACUUGACUUGCAGGUGUUUUAUAUUAUAGCAUUGGCGGGUUCUUCUAUAGUGUUAUAAUAUAAUUCUGCCCUUUCUUAAAGUGUCUAUUCCCUUUUCUCGUCUCAUUCUAUGGGAGCGGUUCGCGUGUUUACUUUCUGUGGGAUUCCACCGGUAUCGUGCCUAGGAUUGGAAUCGCUACGAAACUUCGUGAGCGCAGGGCCGAAG